GCCGCGCAGCGUUCACGGGCCGCCGCCCCCCCACCACUUCCCCUCCUCCCCUCUCCUCUCGCUGCCCAUCACGGCGCCUCCACCGCGCCGGCCGCCAUGGCGGAGGUAGCGCCCGCGCAGCACGCCGUCGCCGCGCCGGGGGCAAUGCCAAUGCGGGCGCGCGGCCGUGGCGAGGUGGACACGUCGUCCCCCUUUGAGUCCGUGCGGCAGGCCGUCGACCUGUUCGGCGGCGCCGCCGUCUCCCCCUGGCGGCAUCCCCAGCCGCCGCCGCCGCCCCUGCAACUCCGGCCGGAGGAGCUAGAGCUUAUGAAAGUUGAGGAGCAGACUGUGAAGCUGGAGAUGGAACUUUUUGUCAAGGAGAAAGAAACGUUUAAGGUUUUGAAAGAAUUACAGGCAACAAAGCAGGUUGCUGACAACCUGAAGUUACAGAUAGAGAAGGCAACAUCAGAGGGUGGAGCUUCAGCAAAAGGUCACAACGAUGCAGUGAAGGUGCAUCCACUCCCUGAUACUGAACGGAAAUGCAGUGACCAUACUGAGCAGCCGACCGAGAGCGCGAAAGCAAGUCAGUCUCCACUAACCACAUUGAUCAUGCUGAAUCAGGCAAAGGCAUACCUGAACAUGGAUACUGUCAAGAUGAUUAAGAGCCAGAUAGAUGAAGAGAAAAGAUCGCUUGAAAAAACUCGUGAGAGGUUACAGUUAAAUAAAGCGAAGGCUUCAUCACUUGAAGCAGACUUAGACAGAGCCGUUGCACAAUUACAAUCAGCAAAAGCCCCAAAACCUACUCUUGAACCUUCUGAUAUCUGGCUGAAGAUGAAACAGUUAAAUUCAGAUAAAGAGAAACACAGGAAGAUUGCGGAGGACUCGAAAUAUGAGAUUGGAGAAUUAACUGCCACAAUUGAGCACACGAAGUCCAGGACAAAGACACUACAAUUCAGGAUUGUCAUGGCUGAAAAAUUGAAGGAGGCCUCAAAGCGCGGAGAAGCUCUUGCUCUUGCAGAGAGAAAGAACUUGAGCAAUGGGCAGGACGAGGCCACUACGGCAUCUGAUGUCACGCUUUCUGCCGAAGAACACUCGGUGCUGGUGCAAAAGGCAGAAGAAGCAGACGCCACCUCUAGGAAGAAAAUCGAUGCAGCAAUGCAAGAGCUUGAUCAAGCAAACCAUGGCAAGCUCGAACUCUUGGAAAGAGUAGAGGAGGCAAUGGCCGCUGUUGAGACCAGCAGGAGGGCUCUGGAGGAGGCACUAAAGAGGGAGGAAUCCGCGAACAAAGCGAAGCUCACAGCCGAAGAAUCACUUCGAAGGCUGCGAUCCGAGCAAAUCAUCCAGAACUGGCGACCCUCUAGCAACAGCUCCGUCAAAUUCAAGACCGCAGCGACGGCGGUGGUGGCUCACCGGAGAGCAGGCUCCGGUAUCUACGACGUGAACGGCCUGAGCCUGGUGACGGCCGCGCCGAAGAGCACCAAGGCAAUGUCCAUCGGGCAGAUCCUGAGCAUGAAGCUGGACCACCGGGAGCUCGAGGUCGCCGGGAAGACGGGGGCCGCCAAGAAGAAGGUGUCGCUGGGGCAGAUACUGAGCCAGAAGUACGACGCCCUCUCGCCGCUGAGGAUCGAUCACGGCGGUGGCGCUUCGCGCAGGCAGUUCUACCCCAGGAGGAGGAGGCUCGGGUUCGUCGUGUACGCGCUGCUCCUCGCCAAGCACAGGCGCAGGAAGAGGCAGCCCGCCGCCGGCACCUCCUCCUGCACCCAUGGCAGCUUCAGCACCAAGGCUGUAUAUUAGUUACACCUUUCUUUUUUUUUUCCUGGAUCAAUGUGUCGUUAGUGUGUAAUAGUAGCACAGACUUAUGAAUAAUCAGCAUGUGUAAUUAUUUAGUGUUAU